AUGGAGCGAAGACAGUCUUCUCGGCGUAGGGACGACGGAGAAGAUGAUGAGACGAUGCGACGAUGGAACGAAGGCAGUCUUCUGGGCAUUGAGGCGAUGUGGAAUAUGGAUUUUGAUUUCUGGAUUGUAGAGAAAUGCAAUAUAGGGAAAGGGAAGGGGAAGAGGCACGUUGGUGAGGGUAUAAGGAGGAAAGGGGACGUGGCUAGGGAAAAGGAAGAGGAGGGGAAGUGCCAAUUGGAUGGGGAGGGAGAGCGAGGUGGCGAGGGAAACGGGAAUGGAUUAGAGAUGGUGGUGGAUGAACAAGAAAAGGAUGAUCAAAAUGAAGAUGUCAAAGUGGUUGCAUUGAGCAAUGCUCCACAAACUCUCAAGUUGACAUCUCCUGAUAUUCAAAAAGACAUUAUAAAUAUGGCUACAUUUGAAACUAUCAAUUUGAUUGAGCAUUUUUUGGGUAUUGAGCAUGUUGCUAAUACGAAUGCUCUCUCACUCAAACAAGCUGAGGAAAAUUUAUUCUCCAGACUUGGAUUGAGUAUUUCCAAAUUACGGGGUCAAGGAUAUGAUAGGGCUAGUAAUAUGCAAAGUGAGUUCAAUGGUCUUAAAACACUUAUAUUGAAAGAGAAUCCUUGUGCAUAUUAUGUUCAUUGUUUUGCUCAUCAAUUGCAAUUGAUACUUGUAGCCGUGACAAAGAAUUAUAAUCAAAUUGCUUUACUUUUCACUUUGGUUUCUAAUGUGGUGAAUGUUGUUAGAGCAUCAUGUAAACGUCGAGAUAUUGUUAGGGAGAAGCAAGUUGCAAAAGUUGCUGAAGCACUUAAUAUUGGAGAGCUAUCUAGUAGGCAAGGCUUAAAUCAAGAAACUAAUCUUAAACAUGCUAGUAAUACACGUUGGGGUUCACACUAUAGUACUUUAGUCAACUUGGCUAGUAUGUUUUCAACAGUGAUUGAUGUGCCUGAAAUGAUUUCGGAGGAUGGUUCAAAUUCAGAACAAUGA